UUACGUAGUUAAUGUCGCUGGUGAAACCCUCUACGCUUUGUAAUCAGACACACUUCACACCACAACGAUUCAACAAGUGCCUAAAAUGCCAGAGGUGAAGCUCACUCAGCUGCUCCUCAUCUGCUGCAUGCUGCACUGGGGUAACUGUACAUAUAAUGUGAAGUGUUCCAAGCCCAACCCUCAAAGCCUGAAUAAAGCACUUGGGGGCCUAUUCAAUGAUUCCCAAGUCUUUCCUGUUGGGAGGUUUUCUACACUUAAUGUAUCCAUCAAAAUCACCGUGGUGGCAAUUCUAGGAGUGAAUGAAAGGUCUCAAAUCCUGUCCACAGUCAUAUGGCAGGUCCUGCAGUGGAACAUAGGAGGACUGAGCUGGAACGAGACCACGUGUGGCACGAACAGAGUGUCUGUGCUUCGUGAAAACCUUUGGGUCCCUGACAUCUACAUCUCUGAGUUCACCGAAGAAGACAAAACUGCCUUCAAGCCUCCCUACGUCUACCUGAACAGCACGGGCUAUGUUUACGAUGACCAGCCACUGCUGGUGCAAAGCUCCUGUAAACUGGUGACCUACACAUUCCCCUUCGACAUCCAGAACUGCUCUCUGUCCUUCGGCUCCUACCUGCACUUUGAUACAGACAUCCAGAUGUUUCUAAGCUCCACGCGUGACCACAUCCUGAACGAAUCCAAGGAAGUGGUGCAGACUAAUGGAGAGUGGGAACUGGCAGACAUCUUUAUAGACGAUAAACACACAGUUGUGUUGGAAGUGGGAAACUACUCUCGUGUCCAGUUCUUUAUCGUUUUGAGACGCAGGCCGCUCGUCUACGUGGUGACUCUCCUGCUGCCCAGCUGUUUCCUCCUCGGUGUGGACCUCUUCAGCUUCCUGCUGCCUACUCAAAGCGUGGACCGCUGCUCAUUCAAGAUGACCCUCCUCCUGGGCUACACCGUCUUCCUGUUCACUGUGAGCGAACUGCUGCCCGUCACCGGGGGGAGCACGCCUCUCAUCAGCGUGUUCUUCUCCGUCAGCCUCGCUCUGAUGGUGGCCAGUCUGUUGGAGACCGUGUUGAUCACCAACCUCCAGAACAGCUCCAGCAAACAGGUCACGGCGCCUCAUUGGUUCAGGGUGCUCGUCUUACAAUACCUGUCUGUUGUUGUCUGCCUCUCAGAACAGAAAAGGAAAACCCUAAACUCUGUGUUUCACACCAAUUCUAAUAAAGACUCAUCCCUGAGUUGCACAAUCAGCCACACCUUGUCACAAGAGCUUCAAAGCGUGUCUGAUGAUUCAGAAAAAGACAGCAACCCGACUCUGGAAGAGCUGAGGAAGCUGAGGCAUGAGGUCAGGGCCAUCCGUGUCCAGGUGGACAAACACAGGGAGGAGAACAUCUCACAGGAGUGGGUAAUGAUCGGGCUGGUCCUCGACCGCCUGCUGUUCAGUUUGUACCUCGUCUUCAUCAGUGUCAGCUUUCUGGUCAUUGUAUUUGUCUGGAUCUGGAGCACCUCAUACUGUAUGCAAAAUGAAUAA